UUUCUUUCUCAUUUCAAAAUCCAGACUCUUCUACAACUCCCAAAAUCUCAUCACACAGGAAUCUAUAAAUACCCUUAAAACAUAAAGUUGUUUAAAGAAAACAAAUAAUUGCAGAAAUCCAUCGAGAGAAUCAAAUUGGUGAUCACCACAGACAGAGGGCAACUUCUUCUUCUUCUUCUUAAUCUACAAAACAAGCCAUGUUUUUUGUGUGCGUAAGCGAUGUGAACGAAAGGGUUCUGUCGAGCCAAACUGUGCCUGGUAAUUGUCCCUUCUGCGGAGGAAUGAUUCGGGCCUUAGAUGUUCAGAGUCAAUGGAGGUUAUGCUUUAUCCCUCUUUUCUGGAAAACCAAACGUAAACUCUUAUGUACCGUCUGCAACCAACGACUCGUCGCUCAGUACUGAUUGUUAUUCUUCCUUUUUGUAUCAUAAAUUGUAGUUGUUGUUAAUAUUGUUAUAUAUUUUUUCAUUGCCCAUGUAAUUUAUUUUAUUUUAAUUAAUAACAAAGCAGCAAAAAUAUUAAUACCAAAAACCCUUCAAGAUUA